GAUCGCCGGCAACAAAAUGCCGCUCAGAUUGUAAAUAGUACCGAUAGUACCCCGAUCAGUCACGACGAGCGGUGGUUCCGGCCGGUAAAGCGACGUAAACAAAAAGAAUCAGAAAAAAAUCAGUGCAAAUCGAACAACCUACCGGUGAGCCGGUGUCUCCUAGUUAUAAUUCGGUUACAUUUUAUUUUAAUUGUUUUAUUUAUAAAGUACUUUGUGGUAGUACCAAAACUGUAGCCCGGUGGUUAAAAUAAGACUUUUUUCCGUUGUCUGAAAUGGUGUUUGAUAAAGAUAAUCCAGUGUCGAAUUUGAGUAAUGGCAACAAGACAGAACGUGAUUUACAAGGAGAAGGAGGUGGUGGAGGGCCUAGAUCCUUCGUCUAUGACAAUCCCAUUCUGUCAUUGUCAAAUGACAGCCUGAAAAAUCGACAUAGUGCCGAUUUCCAAGGUAGCCGUGAUUUUAUACUUAUCAAUGAAAACUACUCGUCUGACAGCAAAUGGAAGUCGUGUAUGCCAUGGCUGAAGCAAAAGAUAGCGAACAAGUGUACGAAGAAGACCCUGUACAAAAGGCUGCCCAUACUCACGUGGCUGCCAAAAUAUGACAGACAGUGUGCCAUAGGGGACCUGUUAGCAGGUAUAACGGUCGGUCUGAUGGUUAUACCGCAAGCCUUAGCGUACAGUGGUAUAGCUGGGGUUCCCACACAAUAUGGUCUCUAUGGUUCCUUUCUUGGUUGUAUAGUGUAUAUAUUCUUCGGAGGUUGUAAGGAUGUUCCCAUGGGUCCCACAGCUAUUGCCUCACUACUCACGUACCAGGCAGUGAGGGGCGUGAGUACUGAGCACGCGCUGUUGCUGUGUUUCCUCACGGGAGUCGUCCAAGUGCUCAUGGGUAUUUUUGGUCUAGGAUUCCUGGUUGACUUUAUAUCAGGCCCUGUAUCGUCCGGAUUCACGUCAGCAGUAGCACUGAUCAUCCUCACUUCACAAGUGAGAGACAUUUUGGGAGUGACAGCUUCUGGCUCAGUGUUCACAGAGAUGUGGGGCAACAUUUUCAGGAACAUCCACGAGACAAACGCUUGGGAUACGGUUCUGGGGAUUUGCUGUAUCGCAGUCUUGCUAAUUAUGAGAAUUAUUGGUCAACUGAAAAUUGGAUCAAACAAAGGUGGAGUUGAAGAAACAAAACUACAACUCUUUGCCAACAAAUUCUUAUGGUUAUUUUCCACUGCCAGAAAUGCUAUAGUUGUGAUAGUGUGUGGAUUCAUAGGAUAUUCCUUUCAACAAAAUGGUGAUUCUCCAUUUCAACUAAUCGGUGCAGUUCCUAGUGGAUUACCCAACUUCCAGCUGCCUCCUUUUGGGUUCACCCAGAGCGUCAACGGUACAGAAAUUUAUUACUCUUUCCUGGAUAUGGUUUCUGAUCUGGGAACUGGCAUAAUAGUAACGCCGCUGAUCAGUUUAUUAGAAACCAUCGCCAUUUGCAAAGCAUUCGCUAAUGGAAAAGCAGUGGAUGCCACACAGGAACUGCUAGCAAUCGGUCUGGCCAACGUUGCCAACUCUUUCGUCCAAGCGUUCCCUGGAGGCGGUGCCUUAGCCAGAAGCGCUGUAAACAAUGCCAGUGGCGUACGGACACCACUGGGAGGACUCUACACUGGUCUCUUGGUCAUUCUGGCUCUUCUAUACUUCACGCCCUACUUCCAGUACAUCCCCAAGUCAUCUCUGGCAGCUAUUAUCAUUGCUGCUGUCAUUUUUAUGGUUGAAGUUAAAGUGGUUAAGCCUAUGUGGAGAUCUAAAAAGAGCGACCUGUUUCUCGGAUUGGCUACCUUCAUAGCUUGUCUGGUCCUGCCUUUGGAGAUUGGUAUCCUAGUUGGGAUCGGUUUGAACCUGUUAUUCAUCCUGUACCACGCGGCAAGACCAAAAAUAUCAGUAGAGAAAUUAACAUCUCAUGAAGGUACAGAGUACCUUAUACUAACCCCAGACCGUUGCCUGAUCUUCCCUUCAACUGACUACGUCAGGAACCUAGUGACCAAGCACUCAAUUCGUCAGGGAAUCCCCGUGGUGAUCGACUGCUCACACAUCUACGGCGCAGACUUCACAGCAGCUACAGUGGUAGAGAGUUUAACCAAAGAUUUUGCUGCCAGAGACCAACCGCUCUUGUUCUACAACUUGAAACCUUCAGUUAGUGCAGUUUUCGAAGGAGUGUCGCCUCAAGAUUUCGUAGUUUUUUACAACCAAGAUCAAUUGGAUGAGUUGCUGAGGAAAAAACAACCAGAAAAACCAACAAAUGAUCUGGUUUGAACAGGUUUCUAACACACAAUCUUGUUUUUUCUUGUACUUAUUCGUUUGGAGCAAAAAUAUUGAUUCUUUCAAGGGUAUGGAAGUACCAAAAUCAAUGAAAAUUGAAAGGCUUGAAACGAAAAACGACAAUUUUUAUAAUGUUUUACUGUUGUUGAGAAUUUUAAAUUUUAUGGAAAAAAAGUUAAUAUUUUUUUGUUAUACAGGGCGAGUCUUAAAUAAGUUCAAAUGUUUUC